GGGUAAUCUAAGUGAAGUAGGCGCUUGAUGGUGUAAAUUUUGAUGGAUGCUAAUUUCAAUCCUGCAUGGUGUUUGAGAUUGUUCCCUUUAUUCUUCACAAAUGAAUGAGAAAAAAGCCGAAGACAUCGAGGGGCCCGUUAAACCACCAAAAGAUGACGAAGUUCCAUUCAUUAUGGCAGAAAAACCGGCUGGAAACGAAAAACGACACAAUGCUAUGAACGAAGGAGAGCAUAGCAGGUCGCUUGACGAACAAGUGAAACAUUUAGAGCGAAAGAUCCGCGCAUACAGCAAAGCUAAAGACAAAGUUAAUGAAGGAGAAGCUCUGAGUAGCUUAGGAAUACUCUAUUACAAGGCAAACAGAUUUGCUGAGGCUAAAAGCUGUCAUGAACGACAUCUUAACUUAGCAAAAGCUAUUCAAAACAAACGCGCCGAAAAGAGAGCAUAUUGUAAUCUGGGUUGCACUUAUCGAAGGAUUGGUGACUUGGAUAAAGCUGUUGAAUGUUACGAACAGGGUUUAAGACUUGUAAAGGAGCUGGAAGAUAGACUCGGUGAAGCAAAACUCUUGAAUAACCUUGGAAAUAUUUUUGAGCAGCGCUGUGACUUUGACCAAGCUGUGUAUUGUCAUCAAAAACGUCUGAGCGUCGCCAGAGAAUUAAAAGAUUUAGACGGCGAGAGCAAAGCUUGUGCGAGUUUGGGAAACAUAUAUCAUUUGCUGGGGAAUAUUCGAGAAAGCAUCAACUAUUACGAAAAGCUGGUGGCGUGUUUAAAGUACAAGCUAGCCAUGCAAGAAAAGAAAUCGAAAAGCGAGGAGGGUUCAGAAGACUGCUAUAUGCCGGGUAGCUCUUCAAAUAAAAUGGGAGAUGACUCCAAAAAGGCACGAGCGAGGAGAGAGAGCGAUCUUGAUGAACAAGGUAGUAAUAGCAGUAAAAGUAGUGGUGACAGGAGUGGGAACGGAAGUGGUAAGGGGUCUUCUAUUCACUGAAGAGGAGACAGCACAGCAGAAUGAUCUAACUUUUCAAAUUGUGUUCACGGUGGAAUGGAAUCAAACGAAAAAGGCGAGCGUGCAAAUAAUGGAACAGCAGCUGUUUCCAUGAUCAGCAGAGCUGCCGUUUGUGGUUAACUUGUUUUUUCGCUUGUCUAUUCGGAAAAUAAUUCAUUCAUUAGUGGAAAUUAUCGAAAGACUCAAAGAGCUCAAAGAAAUUCGGUUGACUUGAAGGCUGUACUUAUUGACUGAGUGGGAGGGCCGAACACGAGGAUAUUUGGCUCGAGGUCACUCGUGAUGAACAGAACCGAGCGCAGCAUAUUCUCUAAAGACUGCCCCUUUUCUUUUCUUCCUUAUUCUUUUAGCUCGCAUCUUGCGAAGCCGCACGGCUUUCUACAACCUUGCUUGCUGCGUAAAGCGGGAUUUAAAAUUUAUGCAAUGCUUUUCAAGUAAAGCGCGCGGGGGGCCGUAGGGGUCGUCAUAUGAGUGGAGAUUCACAAGCAGAUAUAACAUGGUACGAUGUGGGUGCCUGUACAGAUUCAGAAACUUGUACCCCUGUCAGCCUUAAAUCAAAUGUAAAGGUCAUGAGAGUAAGGGAUGUGAUCACCAAUUUAAGAAGCUCCUGAUUUUCAAACAAACUCUCCUUGCCACUCAUAGCAAAUUUAAAGGGAACAGUAUGAAGAGAUACGACAACCAAUGUGAGUGUGUUAAGGGUCAACUCGACCAAAAGAAAUCCUUAGUUACUGGUCUGAACACAAGCCGGAUCUUUAUCACCCCGCGUAAAUGUAAAUAAGAAAGUGGCUAAAAAUAAAA